AGUGACAGGAUUCGAACAGUCAUCAAAACCAAACAGUUGUGGGGCCCAGAAGCCAUCCUAGACACCGUCAGGGCCGUGUUUACAGCCAACAAGGACAAGCAUCUGUUAUCUCUGAUCACCAUGAUCGGACCUAGUCCAGACUGGUGCCUGGGUGUCAGUGCCCUCAGCAUGUGUGCCAGCAACUGUACCUGGUUGGACAGUGCCUCCAUUGACCUCUAUCCCUGGGAUGCAGGCACGGACAGUCGGAGGACAUAUCUG